GGCGCUGUGGUUCUAUUCUAGCUUUAGGGAAAAAAGGCAGCAUGAGAAAAGAAGAAGGACUGUGCUCGGAAGCGUGUACCAUAACAACGUGGUGUUGUUGGAAUUGGUCUAUGUGUCCGCAUUACUAAAAUUGUUUCCUACUUUUACUAUGCCGCACACAGAAGUAAAACAACACCCGUCCCUCUUUCUAGAAGUCUGUUCCCAACACGAGGAGCUGCGUCUUCCGCUGCAUUCCUCCAUCGCCCUUUUUCUCCUGUCCUACUGCGAGUGCAAGUCUUUCAAAACUUUUCUGGUCUCCACCAAGCCUGCCAGCUCCCAUUCACUGAGGGGUCAACUACCGGAGUCUUUGGAUGUGACUGACAUUCAUUUGGAGGCUCUGCCCCAGCUGGUGAGAGGCUGCCGUCUCCCUGCUGUCCUGGAUGAAACUGGCAGGCUCUGCAGGGCCGGGCUGGCGGUGGUCCUUAGACACAUCAUCAACAAGACCUUAGAGGCUGACCCCUCCAGGAAUGAUGUGUUGGCUCUGCUAGGAUUCAAGAAGACCUGUCUGAAAGCCUGUGCUGAGGUGAGCAAGUGGACCAGACUGUGUGAAAUUGGCAUCCCUCUUGCUGUCGAGGAACACCUCAAAAACCCUGCAGAUCAAUAUCGGCAGGUGCCUCUCUCAAUCCUCACCCUAGAGCAAAGGCUGGCGGAGCCUGUCAAAGUCCACAAUGAUGACAAAAUACGGAGACAGAAACUCCAGGAGCAGAGACGGAAUGAAAAGAAUGAGUCCCCUGAAGGCAGAGAGAACCCAGACUCUGAAUCCAAACCUGGACAGUCCCCCCAGGUCAGUGACGGACUCGAGCUCAGGGCGGCUCUGGCCAAGCUGUCUGUGGAUUCAGUUCCGACUUUGACCACCAGGGAGAACUCUGAGAUCAGGAAAGUGAAGACGACAGACCUGCCAUCGCUGGAGCAUGUGUUUGCUGAGGGACUGUACUUCACCCUGACUGAUGUGGUGCUUCUGCCAUGCAUCUAUCAGUACUUGUGUUCCCUGCAAGACCACGCUGUGAGCACUCUACAUGAGCUUCCCCACCUGCUGCGGUGGUACAGUCGUGUUCAGGAGGUACCUGGGGUCCUUCGGGCAGCCAAGGCCUGUGGGAUGGCUCUCUCCAGCCUCCAACUUCCUAUGUCAAGCCUCCCAGGGCCAUCAGCAGGGGACAACCUACCAACCAACCAGUUAGAGCAAGAAGAAGGCCAGGAGAUGACCACACAGCCUCCAUUUGUCGGUGGUCCCAGACCCACAAUGACUAAGCUUAAAGAAAAUGGCAUCGAGGUGGUCUUUGCUCCUCAUCCUUGCCCUGCCUGGACCCUCCCAUGGGACAGCUUACCAUCAGCCAUCAACCCCACUGAAGGGAAAAUGUCAAACAUCCGUGCGGUCAGGAAGAGGCAACAGCUGAAUAAUUUGGUUGCCAUGGUUACGGAGCUAGCCAGGCCGGGAUACACCGUCGUGGAUUUCUGCAGUGGAACGGGCCAUGUGGGAAUUGUUCUUGCUCACACACUUCCACAGUGCCAGGUCAUCCUCAUAGAGAACAAAGAGGAGUCGCUGGUCAGGGCACAGAGUCGCAGCGCUGAGCUCGGCCUGAAAAACAUCGGCUUCAUUCAGGCCAAUUUGGACUACUUCACUGGGCCGUUUCACAUUGGGGUUGCCCUCCAUGCAUGCGGUGUUGCAACAGACAUGGUGAUGGAGCACUGCAUCCAGGCCGGAGCCGCAUUUGUCAUCAGUCCCUGUUGCUACGGCUUCAUCCAGAAUGCUAUCAAGUUCACCUUCCCCAAGAGCAAAAGGUUCCAAGACACCCUGACUUACAAGGAACACAUGAUACUUUGUCGCUUCGCAGACCAAACUGCUGUCCAGCUCCCUCCCGAGAGGCGACUUAUAGGUAAACAGUGUAUGGGCUUGGUGGACUUGGAUCGCUCGUGGGGAGCAGAGACUCAUGGGUACUCUGUGUGGGUGAUGACUAUGGAGCCUGAUAGCUGCUCACCGAAGAACAACAUGCUGGUGGGAAGGCCACCACAAAAGAGUGGAGUGGAAGUCGGUGCCAGCCAACUGGAAGCACCGGCGCAUAAUUAGGACUGCGAGCACGGCUGCACAGGAGAGCACCUUCACCGUGGUUGGGGUUUGAUAAAGUACUCAGCCUCUGUGUGCCUGCUGGCUGUGUCACGGCAUUGCUGAGAAUACAACUCUUUCUUAUCCUUUUGAGAUUUAGUUGUUUUUUUUUUGUUUUUUUUGUUUAUUCACUUUUACAAGGCCUUUUGUAAGAAACUGUCUCAGAAAAUAAAACCGUUUUUUGAUUCAUUUUUCUGGACAAGCA